UCUUGGAAACUGGAAAGCUACUGUGUAGGAUUAUUCUAAAGCCAAAAGGCUAUUGAUAAGUAUAGCCUUCGAGCCAAGGACACAGAUUACACCGUAAUGCUGUGUGAUGAUGAUGGGGAGAGAGGACAGACAGACAAUCUUAGGGGGGGACAUUGAUUACGGUGGUAAAGAUGCCUGAGUAAGAGUGACAGAGAGACAGAGACAGAAGAGAGAGAUGCACAGAGAAAUUAGAGGGAGAUAGAGGAAGUAGAGAGACGGAUUAUGGACGUAAAGAAAAACUUUGUGAUUAUUGAGAUGAUGAUAUGGGAACUAUGAUGAUUGGCCAACUGAGACUUCUCCUCACCAUGGCAACCUGCCUAUUGCUCCUAGCAACCCUAUGCCCCACCUCAGAGGCUCGACGUGGUGGGGGCUUUGGACGUAGUGGCGGUGGGGGGUGGGGAGGUAGUAGCCGUGGAGGUAGCGGUUAUCCUCGUCAAGGUGGAGGCACGGGAUACCGACCAAUGCCAUCCUCGAGCGGACCAGCAUACCGACCAAUGCCUGCCCAGAGUGGAGGCUCCAGUGCGGGGAAGAUGGCAGGGGCUGCUGCUGCUGGUGCCCUGGGGGGAGCAAUGCUGGGCAGUGCCCUGAGUCGUCCUGGCUAUGGAGGAGGAUAUGGGGGGUAUGGAGGUGGUUAUGGGGGUGGUUAUGGAGGAGGCUAUGGGGGGUACCCCAGAGCUGGAGGGUAUGGCCCCAGGCCUGGUGGCUAUGAGGGACCAGAGGGCUCUGGGGAUAUGGAGUACUACUAUGGAGCAUCCAGCGGGCCCAUCUAUAACAGCAUCAUCGUCAUCAUUGGGUCGCUAAUGUCACUGGUGAUGGGGCACUGGAUGGGAGUGAUGUAGAGAUGGAGUGAAGAGGAAGAGAGGGAUGGAGUCACGACUAAAGGAGACCCAGACCAAGACCAUGUGUAUACAGUAUAAAGACUCUUGAGACCCAGACCAAAACUAGACCCCAGACCUAGACCAAGACCUUGGGCAUUGAGUCCCAAACCAUGACUGAACACUGAGCUCACAGGUUGUGAUUCCAUCUGAUUUGACUCACAGGCGUAGUGGAGCAAAUACACAUCCUGUAUAGUUCCCUGAUCCAGACAGACUCUGAUGCAGAUUCUUUGUCAACUAACUAUUUGCACAACAUUUGUUUUCUGAGACAUACUUACACCACAUACACAUAUCUAGUGUGAUAGUUUAUCUUCCAGUCGAGCACUCACUACCUCAAUAAAGCAGUAAGUAGUACAUUAUUUACUUUAUAUUUUCUUUACCAUGGUUGUUAUCAACGUUUUAAUAUUGCCAAGCCGUGGACAUACAGUAUGAAGGUAAAUCAUACUGUUAUAACUCAGGUUAUAGCUCAGGUUUCACUGAUUUCAACCCCUGGUAGAACACUUGCAGCAUUUGAAUUUGUAAAUUCUGUGUAUUGUACAAUUCUAUGAAUUGUAUUUUGUUUCCAUUAUUUUUCUUACUUUAUUAAAUAGGAUAUUUGUUUGGGUGAGUGGAGUGUAUAAAUUCUAGUAUGAACAAAAUAACUUGUUCCAUGUUUUGUUUUGGUGUCAUUUGAUGUAUUUUUCCUGUGGGGUUAUUCCAAUAAAAACAUGGGAGACAGAGA